AUGGGUGAUUUGCUAUCGUUAGGUAUAACGAUCACCGGUUUACCGACGAACAUAGACCCACAGAAGGAUCAGUCAGGUGAUAAUCUGCUGAAUCCUGUAUAUAAGCCUAUCGUGAAUGAAAUGAUACCUCAAUUCACGGAGAAGCUAAAGUAUCUUAUCUUUGAGAAUAACAAGAUUAAGAUUACGACUGCGCUCAGUUCAAAAUCAACAAUGGAUACGUGA